GGGAGGGUGGGAGCAAUGGCCAAACGGCUGUUUAUCAGCGAGAAAAGUUCGAAUUGUAAUAGUAGAGCCCGAAGUCGGGGUAGUAACAAACCACUGCCUUCUCUCAGCUGCCCCUGCAGCACCACCUGGGCAGAUCAGGGGCUGGGGGUCGCUGCCACCCUGCACAAGGUCCUGCAGAUGGACAAACUGGGCUCUUCUUUACCCUCCCCUGGAGGGAGGCGGCAGAGGUGGUACCCUCUUGCUCGGAGAAGGGGAUGCUGCUGCAGGAAACGCCUCAGCAGAGUUCCUGAGAAUGUAUCAGCUUGAAGAGGAGUGCCAUGGAUGUCUCGGGGGCUUUAGCUUCACCCAGACUCUAGGAUUCAGCCUCAGGCUGCCUAGUGAAGGAGUUCCCAGCUCCAGAAAGCCAGGGAAUGGACUUCUAGAGGGGCCUGAUGUAAAGAAACAUUCCAGGAGGGGCAAAGGGACCUGCGAGUCGGUACUGGCACAACCAGCCCUGGAGAGGCACAGACCUGGGCACCCCCUCUCUAGCACGUCAAUAAAGCUCAGUGGUGAAGCUUCCCUUCCAAAACACUUCCUACCUGUCUUUACACCCUCCUUCCAGCGCACAGCAGCACUCAGCAAACUUUUGGCCUCUGGGAAGCUCUGGUGAUCUACAAGUACAUACCUGUUCUAGCACAGUCUGUGUUUUUAAGAGCCGAGAAGAGGGAACCGGCUCCUACCCCGAGCCUGCGGGACCUCCUGCAAACAAACCACCUGGGAGAAGAAACCUGUUGUGGGGGUGACGCGUUGCAGGGCGCAAACGCCCAGCCAGGGACGUAAUUACCGUGUACAAAGGCUUUUUGGUCAGGGCAGCAGCUCGGAGUGCCCCGAGUGUCAGCGAGCAGCUAUGCGGCAGAACAGGAUGUCGGAUUAAGGAGUCUCCGGCGAAACCCGUGCCGAGGACAUCAGAGGACACCCGGCAGAGCAGGGAAGUGAGUGAGCUGGGUGGUACCAGCCCGCAGCCUCCCGGCUGCUGCCUGAGCUGGCUCAAGAGAGCUCGGCACGCCGCGACCCAGCGCUUCGGGGUCACAGCAUGGAGGACUUUUAGGGGCUCAGCCGUGCCCUGAGCCCAGCCCGGAGCAGCAGGAAAGAUGCCCUGCGUGGGGGCGAGAUGAAUUUCUGUCGGCCCGGUGCUCCUGGCUGCAGGUGAGGGGCCGGGGAUCGCCGUACCUGCAGAGCACCCGCGCAGCCUUAUCUCUGCCGGGGACCAGGGUUAAUGUGUAACCCGGCUCUGUUUGGUUAGCCCAGAAAAGCAAAGAAGUCCUGGGAUAGGCACGGCGGGGAGAAGGAAUUGGGCAGCGCGCACCGACGGACGUCCUGGUAAAGAAAAAAAAAGGAAAAAAAAAAGAAAAAAAGAGAAAAAUAUAACAAAAAAAGAAUACAGAUUAAUAAUCUAUAUUCCUUCUCGUCCUUUGCUUUCUGUGCUUUUCCUGCUCAAUGGGCUGCGGGGUGAGGGGCUGAGCAUCUCUGCCUGGGUGGGACUGGGGGGGCUUUGGGUGCCUGCAGGGCUUUGCUUUGGAAGGGUAAAAUGUGGUGGAGGUGUCACCAGCAUAGCUGGACGUGGAGGUUUGAAGGUGGUGGUGGGAGGCAAGCUGGGGAGACCCACAGCUGCUGGGAAAACUUGUGCUCAGGACAGCAAACAGCUCGGGCAGCUGCUGCAUGUGCUUAAUUUACUUGUUUAAAUAGAGAGAAACUAUAGAUCUGCCACCAUCCCCUUUCCCCCUGGGGUGGGAUCCAUCCCGCUGUGCUGCUCAGAGCAGGAGCAGCUGGGACAGUGCCUGCAAAGGGGGGGUUUUGCUUUCAUUUGUGUUUCGGGCUGGCCAGGACAAAGCCCUUUAAGGGCAGCUGGAAGGCAGGAGGGGUACGGCUGCUCUGCCUCAGAUGGCAAAACCACCGAGGUCCUUUAGCACUGCUGGAGAGCUGGGAUAGGGAGCUUGGAGUGGUGCUGGCUAAAAGAAAGUAGCCUCUUCACAUAAAGCAAUUAGCAUUAAUUGCUACCCAGCACGUCUUUGAUGUUUGAGGGCUCCGUGGGCUUUUGCAAAGGACAGUUAUGGCAGCGGCCACGGAGGCUGAGGGAACUGGCCUUUUACUUUAGAUCAAAAAUAGUUUCUUCCAGUAGAAUGUUUAGUGGGGGAAGAGAUACACAGCACUGAAAACAGCUUUUCAAGUACCGUGUCUUGAAACGCUUGGUCGCAUUUUUAGUUUGUGGCUGUUGCUCGGCGAAAAGGAGGAACUGUAGAAUCCUUCUGAAUCGUGAAAACUGGAGGGAGGGGUUCAACGCUGAGUUGAUUUUUUUUUUCCUCUUUCCCGAGUUAAGCACUGGAGACAUAAUCUCAUCCAGAGAACUGGUGGGCAGGAAAAUGAGCUUCUUGUUUGGGUGUAGAUCCUCUGCAGCGCCCGGAGAGCUCAGGACUGAACUUUGCCUCCCCCUGAGCCGGGGCUCGGUGGGUGCCAAAGCUUUGGCAGCCGCUUUAGGGUCUGUCCAAGUCCUUUUUGAAUGAGAGAAAAUUAGUUCUUUAGUGGACUGAUGAUGGUCGGCCAUCCUCAUGGAGAAACUGGCUCCCUCCCACCUGGAGGCUGCUGCAAGCUCAAGUUAAAGCAAGACUUUCACUUCCCCAGAAGUGUUUUGCUCUCUCAGAUUUGGGAGGGAGCCAGCGAGAAGCAUAAAAAACAAUCGCGGUCAAGCCUCUUGCUACUUAGAAGUAGAUAUAAAUCUGUAAAUCUAUAUAUCUAUAUAUCUAAUUCUGAUAUAAAUCUAAAUUUCACGUGGUGGACAUUGAAGUGCACAGCAAAACUGUGCAGAAGCCUGAAGUCCCCUAAACUCAGCAGGUGUCUGCUUCCUGACAGCUCAAAGCCCUGGCUCUGAAGUGAUCUGAAUUCAAAGGAUCCAGGGAAUUGCUGUUUCAAAGCCACCACUUACUGCAACGUCAUUUAAGCAGUAAAUAAUGCAAAGGCAAGACUGAAAUAUUAAACUCCUCCUGCAUGGAAGGAUUAGAUCUGUCAGGGGCGUGGGUGUUGAAAUCUGAUUUUUGUGGCAUAUUCCAAUUACAAAGGAAUGCUUUCAGGGUCUAACGCUCCGAACAAGCAGCCAGUUCUGCUCACUUAUCUCUGGAUCUAAUUCCCUGAUCCUGCUACAAGCUAAAAAAAAAAAAAAAAAAACAACAAAAAAAAGCAGCAGUGUGUUCCUGCGGCCAGGUUACAGCACAAAGAGCUCCUCUGUCUCCUGCCGAGCAAAUCCUCUCGCGUGGGUCUGUGAGUGUUGCAGGGGGUGUUUGUUUUGCUGCUCCCAUUCGCCUCCGCAGCCCCAGUUCCCUCCUGAGGAACGGGGUGGUGCCUGUGAAGGAAACUGAAUUGGUGGUGCCAGGGAAUUUUGGAAGCUUCAGUGCUUUACAUCCAGAAGUCAUUGCACCUUCUGCGGGCGCUCGGCCUGUCCCCGCGGGCAGCAGAGCUCUCUGCAGCCGGGAUACUGCCCCCCACGCUGGACACCACGGCAGCCCAGGAUAUGCCCAGGAAGGAGCUGGGGAUGGCUGGCUGCAACUCUGGCAGCUGUGACAGCAUGAUCAGCACAGCCUCCAACCACUCACAGCGGAGUGAUAACAGCUAUGACUAUUUAUCUGUGGAAGAGAAGGAGUGUUUGAUGUUCUUAGAAGAAACUAUUGGCUCCCUGGAUGCAGAAGCAGACAGCGGGGUCUCCACUGAUGAGACUGACUCUGCAGAGCCCUCCAAGCUGCCUGGGAUGCGGCCCAAGAGAGAGCCCGUGGGGCAGGAUCUGGGAAAUGGAACUACCCCCCCAAGCAGAGGUCAGUGUGCAGCUGAACAGAAGAGUGGCAAGAGCAUCUCUGCCUCCUCCAGCCCAGCUCCAGCAGUGGUUCCAAGCCCAGGCUAUUUCAGUCUUCCAAGGAAUAUCCCUGCAGCAAACAGAGCUUCUGACAGCAAGGUGACUGUCCACACAGUGAAGGACCCGGUGCAAGGAGAAAAACCUUCACAGGAGGUGGCCAAGGAGGACAGGCUUGACCAAGCCAACGCAAGAAGCCAUGUGAAGUCCAUGGGAUCUUUGAUUAUCCAACCUCCAGAUCCCUUCCAGGAUGACCAGGUGACCCACGAGUGGUCACGCAGCAAUCGCUCAGAUGCCAAGGGGCAAACAGCCAAGGAGACCAAGACUUGGAUUUCAUGGGGCCAGCCAGAGAAAUCCACACUGGAAGAACCCCCUCAGGACCCUGAUGCCAAGCGAGGGCCUCCAACCGCCCCCAAGCCACGAAAAUUGCCACCAAAUAUUAUCCUGAAAACCAGCAAAAACAGCCCAGUGCCACUCACCACGGAGCACAACCAGAAGGUAAAAGCACCACCUCCACCCUCAGCAGGCUCUCAGCCCAGCUCUGCCAGUGAUGCUGCUGCUGAAAAGGUGAACUCUGGGCACCUCGACCCCAAGGAGAAGGAGAAAGCCCACCGGGAGGCUCUGGAGAAGCUUGGACUGUCACAGGACAGGAGGGAGCCCAGCGCCCACCUCCAGCCUCCCGCACAUCCCCAGCCGAGGGAUACUCCGCUCCCCGUCCCUGGGGAGCCCGAGGCAGCAGGAAUCCGACAAAUAGCGUUCAAAUCCAACACCCUGGAGCGCUCUGGAGUGGGGCUGGGCAGCUACGUGGCCAACUCCAAGGAGCAGAACGCCAAGAGCAGCAGCUCCCUGGGCAAGAUGUCCUUCAUCGAGCGCCUCGCUCCCAGCUUCCUCAGGGGCGGCCGCCCCCGGCCCGUGUCCCUCGUGGCGGGGAAGGACUUCGCUGGCCUGAAGGAGCAGGGGCAGGUGGAGCAGGAGAAGAGCAGCAAGCGGAGAUCCCACCCCCUGCCGAGCUUCCCGAGGCCUUCCCGCUCCGCCGUCAGCGUGAAGAUCUCCCCGAAGGGCGCGGCCGACGAGAACCGGCGGGAGGCCCUGAAGAAGCUCGGCCUGCUGAAGGAAUAACUCCACAGGCUGGUUGGGAGAGGGGGCUUUUCACCCCAAAACCCAGGUGCCUUCACUGCCUGCCCUCCGGCAGAUCGCCCACCAGCCUCCCCUGCUGCCCCGGCACCUCAGGAGAGGCACCCGGAGGCGUUCGGAGCUUCACAACCAAAUAAAGUAACGCCACGUGUACAUAAUUUUUUUGUAUAUAGCAAGUGUAUAUGAGCUAUUUAUACAAAGCAUCACUCAGCAUGUGGGCAGGGUGUUCUUCUCCUGCAAGGCCUUUAAUGCAUUUGGGGAUUCAUCGACACAGGGAAGCCACGGAAUUAGGGGGUUUGGCUUAUUUUAAAAGGGGUUGCCUGUGGAUAAAGCCUCUCUGGGAAGAACUGCAGGACUCUGCUGUUCCUUCAGGACUUUUUUUGGUUUUUUUUAUUGCUUUUAUCACAGCCUCUGAGACUUGAGCACUCACCUGCCACACGCAAGUGCCUCCCAAAACCACCACUGCCACGCACAAAACUGCUGGACCAACAGGCACUGGAGGGGGCUCAGCAGUGCUCUCCCUCACACAGUGACUGCUGGAGGGGCUGGAGGGCUGCACACACAUCCCACUGCCUCCUCUGCCACACUGCUGUCCCAUCCAGCCCCAGCCACCUGGAUCUGGCACUUGGAAGAUGCAUGAACGUCAUGAAGUGACUGCUAAGAAGCAACAGGCUGUGCUGGUGUCAGAUCCAGAAGUGCUGCCCAAAAUGAGAGAGAUGCAAGUCUGAUACAACACCAACUCAUUCCCUUUCAAACUCUCCUGGCAUCUCUCAGCCCCAGCUGAUGCUGCCAACAUCUGUGCUGCUCACCUUUUAUAACAGAGGUGGUUUAUUUCUCUAAUAAACUUGUUUAUGAUCAGAAAA